AUGCCUCAAGAUAUCCAGCAGCCUACCGGCCAUAAUGAGUCCUUCUUCGACAAGAUCCUUCACCACCACAAGCAUGAAAACGAGGGCCAGGCUGCCAAGAACAAUCCUCAGGCCGACGAGGGUGAGCUGCAUUCCAAUCUGAAGAAAGACGAGGAAGGCUUCAAGAAAUACCUUAAAGAGGAUCAGCGACUCGAAGAAGAGGGUCAAACCUACGGAGGCUUGAUGUAG